GCAUCAAUCAUAAACAUAAACAGUGAAAAGGUGACGUUUUAUUACAUAAAACCAUUUAGCCUUUUAAAAUGAACUUGCCUUGCUAAUUAACUCAUCACAAAAGAACAGGAACGCUCCAGUGGCACGUUUUUUGUUAUUUAAUCGACAUAUUGAUUCAGCAAUACGCCGUACUGUUUGCAUAUGGAAUAAAUUGACUCUUGUAACCGACUCCUUGAAACACCUGAAGUCGGAGUCGAAUCCCCUAAAAAUCCGGAGUCGAAUCUGGAGAUUUGGAGGUUAGCUCGCGCGCGCACUCCAUGAACGCUCUUUGUUCCUCCAACGGACGGCGAUGACGUGUUUAACUCUAAACUAGAAGAUUUUAACGACGUCCUUUUGUCUAAAAAAGCAAAAAAAAAAACAAAAAAAAAUGUUGACACCAAACGUGACCAAAUCACGGAGCCGCACAACCCUUAUAACUAUAAUUCACAACACACAUCCUUUCAUAUCGAUUCACGUUCCUGGCUAAUCGAACUUGUGCUUGUAAGCUCACUUCUGUACCGUCGCGUCAGUUUCAUUGUCUUUUCACGGUGUUUGUUUUUGUUUGCGUUUACGUUUUCUUCCACUUCUCGUGGCACGCGCGAAUCCGCGCGCUCGCUCAAGAUCCUCGCGCGCUCGUGCGCAUGUUUUUCUGCACGGCAGUAGCCAGACUUCCUGUUCUGUUCCGGAAGCGCCUUUGUUAUUCUUUUGCACGGUGUUAUUGGAGCCGUCCAUUAACGCAGAGCUGUAACAUUUUCCUGUUAUUUAUUUAUUUAUUUAUUUAUUUUUUCAUUGUCUGCCAGGAUGAGAGCCAUGAAUGGAAUUAUUCAACCCACAUAAUGUAAUAUUUUAGGAAUUUGGCUUCCCAGGUCAGCCAGUUUACGCCAACAAUCAGAACAUGAGCAUCUUGCCAGGGCAAACAAGUUAAGAGAAGCUGACUCACAGCUAUAAAAGGAAACGGGCGACAGGCCGUGAUCGCUGCGUUCCAGGAAAGGAGUGAAUAUGUGUUUUAAAAUGUCACCAAUGGUCUCUCAUUCAAUCCUCCGCCUGUUCUGUUACUCUUUACGACUGUUCGCAAAACUAUAAGACUAAGGACUCCGGGUUGUAACGAUUGCAAAUCCGCCAAUAGUUUUAUCAGAACGAAUGACAUCAUACAUGUCGAUUUAUUUCUUAUAAAUAGAACAAGUCUUCGGGUUACGGCACCACAUGCAAACGUCUCAGGCGAAUAAUUGGGAACGGAUCACAAAGGAAAGGUUAUGGAUGGAAUAACUUGUUUAGUUAGGGUUAGAACAUGCCUGAGUGCGACAAACAAUGCCGAUCAGAUGAUCAAUGCUGAUUGGCUGAUGGGAACAGCGCUGAUCAGUUGUUUUUUUCUCCCGUGGUGUUUGUGUGGAGCGUGCCACACACCCACUCCACAACAACGACGGCUUUUGCUUGCAUCUUCCAGUGUUUCUUCUGUCAGCAAGUUCAGCAGAGCUGCAACUCAUCCAGCGCCAGCGCAGACGAGCCCAGCGAGGAGAACCACGACUGUGAGAUGGUGAAGAUGACCAAGUCGAAAACCUUCCAGGCCUACCUGCCCAACUGCCACCGCACAUACAGCUGCAUCCACUGCCGAGCACACCUGGCCAACCACGAUGAGCUCAUCUCAAAGUCAUUCCAAGGCAGUCAAGGACGAGCCUACCUCUUCAACUCAGUGGUGAAUGUGGGCUGUGGUCCAGCAGAGGAGAGGGUUCUCCUGACAGGUUUACACGCCGUGGCAGAUAUCUACUGUGAAAAUUGUAAAACCACUCUGGGCUGGAAAUACGAGCACGCUUUCGAGAGCAGUCAGAAAUACAAAGAGGGAAAGUUCAUCAUCGAGCUGGCGCACAUGAUCAAGGACAACGGCUGGGAGUGACCCGUUCAUCAGUUCUCUUUCUGCUCAGUGACCUUUCGGGCCGCCCCGUAGCGGACUUAACAGAGUGACAUGCGCACACACACACACACACGCACACCAACUCCACACACACUCUACCAUUCUACCACCACCAUGCUUUCAUUCAGCGCACAUUCAGACUCCCGCGCCAGUGUUCUGAAUCUCAAAAGGAGUGCCGCGAUGGAGGGACGGGGACCAGCAGAAGGGUGGAAACCACCAGAUCUCACUUCUCCAUCUGCACUCGACUGUCCUCCAAGAUGUAGACGAUCAACCACUCGAGGAUUUACUCCAUCUCUCUAACUGGUGUCUGUGUUGCUGCAGGUCGUGAGCAGUUUACAGUAUCCAGAAGACUCUUUCUUCUUUUCAUUUUCACCCUGUUUGCAAAAGCGAAUGAUGACCGGUGUGUAUGUGUGUGUUUGUGUGUGUUUCAUGUAGGAAUCCUUUCUAAUGGACUGAUGUUACUGGUUAGCAUUACGCCCAGAGACAGUUUUUCACUGAGCAUGCUCUUUUCUGUGUUGGGCUGGGGGGGGAGGGGUUUCGUGAGCGUGGCGGGAUCAGACAGGACGACGUGAAACGUUUUAAACGAGAUUUCUAGAAAGGGGUGUGGCUUAUGUAGCAGUAUGAAAGAUCCUAUUGGACCAGUGUGGGUUUGAGGGCGGGGUUUGAUGCUUUGCAGUGAUCUUUUGUAUUUAUGAUACAUCCCUAAUAUCUCUCGUACGUGAGAGAGAUUUUCUUGAUAUUUUCUCCCUCCCGCCACCCCCUGUUUGUCUUUCUCUCUUCCUCAGAUAACUUCACUGUGCAAUUAUAAUAUUUGUGCGCCCUUCCGGUACAGUUUGUCCCCUGUCUUUAGCUGUAAUUGGUGCUUUAGGCAUGAUCAUACAAAAACAGUGUUGCUUUUAGUGUUGAGGUGGCAUUUGUGGCAGGCUCCAUGUUUGCAUCAGUACUUUAAGUGAAUUGUGUUUUAGUUUUGUUUUUAAAUGCUGUCUGAAGCGCACUGGACAGCCGGGGAAAACUGCACCUAGCGUCUGUGAUCCACAGAACCUCUUCCUCUUCCUCACCUCUUCUCCAUCGUACAUCAGAAUCAUGGCAUAGUUUUUCCCAAUCACGUGAUUGCACACACUCACGCAUACAUUCAGACACGCACGCACGCGUCAGCGAGAGCGUGUGCGUUUUACUUGAAUGCAGUUAUUUUGUUUGCACUUUGCAGAGGCCUUGUUCAUGGGUUUAGAGGCAACAAAAAAAAAACACACUGAACUUUCAAGUCCAGGUUUUCAUGGAUGUUUGUAGCCUUGGAUGAACUUCAGGGUCAGGUGAUUGCUGGCAUGAUCAUCUCCCUCUUUUCUUUCUUUCUUUCUUUCUUUCUUUCUUUCUUUCUUUCUUUCUUUCUUUCUUUCUUUCUUUCUCCUGUUUUUAAACAACUAGACAGUCUGCUGCUUACCUUUUGCUUCUGUUUCACAAGUUGGCAAAUUAAACCAUAACUGCAGAAACACUAGGAAUUUGGCCAAUUUGAUCAAGAACAUGGAUAAGAAGCAGAAAAGAAAAAAAGAAAAAAACCCGAAGACGACGUGUUGCAAAAAAUGCUGCUAUUAAACAAAUGCAAUCCGGAGCUUUCACUUUAUACCUCCUGCACUUUAGCUGUGUGUGUGUGUGUCUCUUGUCCUCCUCCACAUCUUUGCCUCUAAGCUGCAUGAACCUUGUGCCUCUUCAAAAGGACAAAAAAAAAAAAGUAGUAAUUUCUCCCGUUCCUGUUGUGCAGUGCAUGACUCCAGGAUGACUGAUUUCCCUCGUGGCUCUACAUGGGUCAAAAAAAAAAAAACCUCAUAAAUUUUUAUCCACUUAAAACUAUACUCAGAAACCUUAUACGAUCCGAUAUUUUUUUCUAGUCAUAGCGGAUGCAGUUAGCACUUGUAUUACGAGGUGGGGAUCGCGAGCAUAGACAGGGGGGCGGGCUCUUCGUCGUAACGGGAAGGGGCGGGCUUUCUUCCAGUAGCAAGCAGGGCGCACGAAGUAUAACGUAGAUUUCUAUCAAAUAUAAACCGAAAGAUUAUUGAGUAAGCCGAGUUUUUUUUAGGAGUCGAAUCAGUGGCAAAACCCCCUCAGUUUUCUCACAUUUAUCGCCAACAAGGUCAGUCAGGUCACAUGGCCUUUCGUUUUAAUCAGCCGAAGUCAAUGCAAACGGGAAUAGUCAUAGAGAUCCUACUUGAAAACAGAGUUACAGACAAGAUAUUGUCCCUGUCUCAGAUUUUGUACAUAAAGUAACAUAUUUAAGGUUUUAUAUAUAUUAUAUAUACAUAUAUACACAUACAUACAUACAUAUUUCUACUGGGUUAGUUCCUCUACUUCCCUGACUUGAAGCACUUUUGUUCACUGUACCUCUAGCUUUCUGUAUGUUCGUGAGACAGAAUGAGCGAAUGUCAGUUUUGUUGUUUUUAUUUUUUGCCUUUUAUUUUUCUUCCCUCUUCUUUCAUUCAGAAGUAAGUUUGAUUCUUUUUUUUUUUUUUUUUUUAUUCAUCCAGCUCUCCCACAUCCCGGCUUCUGUUACGUCAUUUUUUUUGUUUUGUCCGUCGUCUCGUCGCUCGUCGACGAUAACGGAGGCUAUUUAUUUGGAAUCUAAAGACUUGUUCUCUCAGUACGAGCCGGUCUGCUGGUCCUGGUUUAGCAUCAUGCUCAGCGGUGAGCUGGAUUCACUCGCAGAAACGUUCACAAGACCUGAUUCUCAAAACAAAACAAACAAACAAACCCGACAAAGCUUUCUAAAGUUUCAGAAGCGAAACAAGCCGAAGACGAGCGAGACCAGUGUCACUACCGUCAGAACGCAACCGUAAAUGUGGCCUGCUGAAAACUCAAACCAAAAAAAAAAAAGUUUUUCAAUUGUAUUCUUAUUUCUUUUUCUUUCUUUUUUUUCCUGAAUCAUCAGCUUAGUAUUGUUUGAUCUUUCUUUUGUUGUUUGGUUGUUGAGACAGAUUUUAAAGUCCCUUAUUUCUUCCCCUUCGCUUUGCCUCUGUUAGUGACACUGGUUUCUAACCUUUAGUUUUGAAGCAUCGCAGUAAUGCAGAGGAAACAGCUGGAAGUUUGAAGACAUUUUUCUUAGGACUGUUAUACUAUAAGGUCUGAAGCAUGUUGUAUUUAUAAAGGCUAUAUUAUGUCGUGCCUGGUUUAAUUAAGGCAUAUGCUUUUUUUUCUUUUCUUUUUUUUCCUUUUUAAUUAAUUUCAUUGCUUUGCAUCCUGUCCUAGUGAGAUGUCACACGUCUGUUUUUCACUGUAUUGUAAAGUUAUCAGAUAUCACAAUAAAGCUUAAAUGGCAUUUGCA